UCAAAUGAGGAAAAUGCAUUUGCUCAAAAGGAAGUUAGGCGCAUGAGUCGCAGAAGUCUGGAUCUGAUGUCUCCAGCCAUGAACAUUAGAAGUAAAAUGAAAGAAAAUAUAAGAUGCAGUGCUGGACAAGCUGAAUUCAUUACCCCUGGUCCCCUUAAUGCACCAAAAAAAAAGUCUGCCAGUAAAACUUACAAACCAAAGAAGGUGUUUCCUGUUGUGCUUCCUAAAACAAGCAAGGACGAGUUUGAAAAUGAAACUCCCAGAACACUGCUUAGGAACAUUAUUCGUACUGAACCUGAAUCCUCAUUGUUGAUUCCCGAGAGACCAGUGGCACUGGUAGAGGGAGAGGCGCAGCCCGAGUCUGGAAGUGAGACCAGUUCAACCAGCACUGUAAGUCUGGAUCGGGUACUACCAGAUAUUGUUUCAGAAGAUAAUUCGUUAAUGCCAAGUAAUGUGGGCAAGCUGGGCAGGAAAAGGAAGAAGAAGAAGAAGAAAAUUCAUAUUUCUCAGUUUUUAAGCCCAGAUGAAAGAAAUUCACUCAGUAAUGUGGCUCCAGGUCCGGCUGAUAAUUCUGCAGGGAACAGUUUUGGUGGAAUUUCGCUGUCUGUUCCUGACCCUGAGAAGUCUAUCUUGAAGCCAGGUUUACAACGGAGGCCAAAGAAGAGGAAGGUCAUCAGUGUGGAAGAUUUUGAACAAGCUGUGAACCAGGAUUUACAGAACUUUCAUUCACAAGAUAAAUGUGCAACAGAAUCUCAAGUGGCUUUCAGUGACAAAUCGGCUACUGGAAUGGGUACUUUUCCUCUUGACAUCAUGCUGUCAAACACAGAGUUGUUUAUACAACCUUCUACACAACUGCUUAGUCCUAGUAGUUCUGUUUCUGUGAUGAAAAACUCAAGCCUCAUUUCUGAUACUCGGAGAGCUGCAGAUUCUGGACUUAAGCCAACAAACAUGAGAAGCGUUAUCAGUACACAUGAUCUUAUUAGUAGUUCUGAUCCAGUAUUAGGGAUCCCAAAAGUUACUAGUGAUGUUCAUCAGUCUGAAGAUUCUGUUUCUGCACUGUACCAUUCUAGAAACAUUGGUGGUGUAACAGGGCACAUCACUGGCAUUGAUUCAGCACCAGUGAACCAAGCAGACACAGACGAGUUUCGGAGUCCCACAAAAGCAUCUGUUUUGUCACCAGGGUAUUUCAAAAGAAGUAAAGUUCAGGGACCCAGUGGUCAUUCUCAGUCAAUAAUAGGAAGCCCAGCAAAAAUUGCUGAGGUUCAGAGUCCAGGCAGUGACACCGCAUCAUCUGCUAGGCGUUCAAGAAGAGUUGCAGGUAUCCAGGGGCCUGAGAUUCAGAGUCCCUUAAGUAAGACUGUGUCAGGAGUCUCUGAUAGAGUGUUUGAUGUUGUGGAAUCUGAGAGAGGUUCUGACAAAAUACUAGGAAACUCUGGCAGCACUGCAGAAGUUCAAGAUCUUGCAGUUGAGUCUGCACUGUCUAGAAGAAUUGCUAAAAUUCAAGAUACUCCAGGUAAAUUUAGUUUGGUACGUGGAAGCCCAGUGAACAUUGCUGAGAUUCGGAGUCCAGUAAUUAGGACAGCUGUAGUGCCAGAACACUCUAGACAUUCAAUUGGUGUUGGAAGUCCUUCUGGUAGUAGUAGUUUGAUACCAGGAAGCCCUAGAAGUAAGACUUACAGACAUACAGGUGAGAUUGUUGCUGAGCAAAGAUACUCUACAACACUUGACAAUGUCACAGAACCAAAUGAUGGCUUUGAUUUAGUAGCAGGGGGCCCUAGAAACAUUACAGAUAUUCAGAGUUCCACAAGCAAGUCUUUUUCAAGACUCUCUGAAAACUCAGCUAAUGCUCCAGAAUCUGAGUAUCCCGCUGAUUCAGUACCAGGAAGGCCACAGUUGAGAAAAAUUGCUGAUGUUCAGGAGUCUGAGACUCAGGGUCCUUUAAGUAAGACUAUGUCCAGAAGCUCUGAUAAUGCAUUUAAUGUACAAGAGCCUGAGAGUGGCUCUAAUUCAGUAACAGGAAACUCCAGGGACAUUACUGCGAUGCCUACACAGGAGACUGGUUCAGUUUUGAGGAGCUCUAGAAGACCUGCUGAUGCCCAGCAACACUUUGGUGGCUCUGAUUCUUUGCCAGGAAGUCCAAGAAAUGUUGCAAAGAUUAAAGGCCCUGGAAAUGAACCUACUUCACUGCCGAGAACCUCUCAAAGAACUGGUGAUUCUACUUCAGUACCUGGAAGUCCUGAUAGCAUUGCUGAGGUUCACGGUCCUGUAAAUGAUGAUACAGUGCUAAGAGUGUCUAGAAGAUAUUCUUAUAAACAGCCUUGUGAUGAAUCAGAUUUGGUACCCAAAAGUUCCCCAAAGAGUACUGACAUUCAGAGUCCCAUGCGUAAAACUUUAUCACCAGGGCAUUCCAGAAAAACUGCCAGCCUACCAAUAUCAUUUGGUAAUUCUACUUCAUUAUCAAGGAGCAGAAGAAAUCAGACUGAGGUCCAAAGUUUCAAUAAUAAUACUGUUUCUACUCCACGAAGUCAUAGAAUAGUGGCUGAUGUUCAUUCACCCUUAUGUGGUACUAAAAUUGCACCAAGGAACACUAGCAAUGUUAUUGAUACGCAGAGUCCUUCAGCAACUUUAAGACAAAAACUUUCUGUAAAAAUACUCAAUUUAUUUGAAGAAAUAGACCAUGAUUCAGUAAUGGCUAGCCCCAUUAGUAGUACUGGAGUUCAGAAGGCUGGCACUGGAGUUAUUUCAAAACAUUUGGCAUCACAUGGCCCCAGCCACAACUUGGAGUUGGCAUCAGAGAGUUCUAGAUCCAGACUUAGGAUUAGUAGUCCAAGUAGUAAAACUCUUCAAACACCUCAACACUCGAACAGAAGUACAACACCCCAGAAUUCUGUUCAUGGCUCUAGUCCAGUACUGAGAAGUUCCAGGCUGAAUGUGGAGGUUUAUAGUCCAGUAAAAAAAGUUUCUUCACCAAGACACUCCACAACUGGUUCUGAUUUACGAGGUCUCUCAAAUAGUUCAAGAGUGGAGUCAUCAAGUCUUAGACUCAUUCCAGCUCCUGUGCCUGAUGAAGCGCAGGGAGAAAAUUUAGAACUGGAGCCUGAACAUGAAGAAAGCAGAAAUGCAGCAUUUAGUAUCACCACAGGCAAAGGCAGUGGAAAUGUUCUGGAGGUAGUCAGCAGGCAUUCUGCAGGAACAAGUACUCUCACAGGAAAUAUGCCAAGAAUUGAAGAACUCGAAAACAGUGUAUUUUUGGCCUCUGAAGGACGUGGUGGUGCACUGAGUAUCCAUUCAUCCUCUGAUCCUGUGUCUGAAUCUGUAAAUAGGACCCAUGUUGCUCACAGUGCUGAUGGAACGGAAGAUGAUCAAGAAUUUUUUGCCAAAAGAAAAUCAUCACAAUUUGAUAAGCUGCUUGAUGUUCUGGCAAGUGAAAGUGGUGUCUCCACUGAAAAAGUUCCGUUGACCUCAGGACCUGACAAAAAGGCUGCUUCUGUAGCAUAUGAUGGGCCAUUGAGUAGCCCUUCAUCCUCUGGUUCUCAAUCGGAGUCCAUAAAUAAAACUCUUGGUGGCUAUGCUGCUGAAAGAGUAGUGUAUGCACACAAGUUCCGAACAACAGGAGAGCCAGAAGAUGACGAGCGUCAUGAGAUCGUGGAAGAUGAAGUCAUCAUCCCUGCAAAUAAGGAGCCGUCAGAAGAACCUGAGGAAGAACAAGACACAAGUGAUGUAACGGAAGCGGAGAGCGAUGACUGUUCUUCGAACAGACCUGCUUUUCUUCAAAUACGUCAAGCCUCAUCUUCUCCAAUAUUGGCAAGAUCUCAUUUCCUGAAAACAACACCAUCCAUAAUACAGAAACAGGUGCCUGUCCCUAAAAAGGAACCACACAAGAGAGUGCAGAAAAGUGCAGAGAAAGUGCCUCGUCUGCCAAGAAGCUUGAUUAAAAGCAUAUUUGCUCAUUAUGCAAAAGUGAAGGUGUCAAAAGAUGGGUAUGCAGCAGUUGACAGAUGUGUGGAACUCUAUUUGCAGCAGGUCUGCAAAGACUUGGAUAUCUUCGCAAAUCAUGCUAAGAGGAAGACUGUUGAGAAAGAAGAUGUAGAGCUGUUGUUGAAAAGACAAGGACAUGUAUCUGAUAAAGUGCCUUUGAACGUUCUAAUAGAGCGACAUCUUCCUCUGGAAUACAGAAGUCUCCUGAUCCCUGCCGCUGUCAGUGGAAAUGAAAUCAUUCCUAAGAAAUGAGUUUAUACAGAGAAUACAGGCUGUCAUCUGUGCAUGCCAGCACUGUUUUGAGAUUAAGAACAUCACUAGUGUUGGUCAGUCUAUGCUUCUGUUGCACACCAAUGUGGACAGCUCUAUUAUCAGAGCAGUCUUUGGAGCACUUUAUCUCUUCUGUUGCUUUUGCAAAUUUUGCACUUAAUAACAAGAUUCGACUAUAACUGAUAUGUAGUAUAUUAUUCAUUUGGUCAAGUACUGGAUUUCAGAGCUGCUUGUUUAUCUACUUUUAUAUCCUUCAGUCUUUUAAGUCUGUGUUAAUAAGCUGCCUGUAGAUUUAAACAGUAAGAAACCUUUUUAUAUAUACGUUGCAGCAGUAACAAAAUAACUUUUGUUUCAGUUUUAUUUGCAGUUGAUUCACCAUUUUCCUACAAAUAGAAUUUACAGCAGUAACAAGCCACUGCUUUGCGAAAGGGCAUGAACUUUCAAAUGAACCAUUGAGAAUAUCAUUGUUGUACAUUGACUAAUGCGGCAUUUUUCAUAUUUCAACAGCGAUUAGUUCACUUGGGUAGUAAAGCAGCCAGUGUUAAAUGAAAGUUCUAAGAUGGAGCACAUGGGAAGAAUGUAAAUAGCUGUACAUUUGAAUAAACCAUUUUGUUGUAAGUGUGUAUUUACAGUCAA